CUUAGCCCCACCCCCAUACGAAUCUGAGUUUAGUGGCUCGCGGUUUGAGCCGGGCGGCUGCCGUAGCCUAGUCAGUGUGUUGCGCAUGCGCGGCUGCAGUUCCGUAGUCGGUGUCCGGCUCUUGUCAGUGCGGAAGGACCUUGGUACUUUGCUGAGGAGAAAUCAUCACCAUGUCAUCUACUCUGUUGCCCAAACCACAGAUGAGGGGCCUCCUGGCCAAACGGCUGAGAUUCCAUAUUGUAGGGGCAGUGAUUGUAUCCCUGGGAAGUGCAGUUUUGUACAAGUACGGCGUGUCUGAACCCAGAAAACAAGCAUACGCAGACUUCUAUAAAAACUAUGAUUCCAUGAAGGACUUUGAGGCCAUGAGGGAAGCUGGUGUGUUUGAAAGUGUACAACCCAAAAACUCAUAAGCAGCAUAUGUAGAUCAUCUUCAAGGAGACUUGACAGCUUAAACUUGUUUCUUCAGUCAACUGUAAAAUGUGUAAUACACUUCAGUGGUGGGCAUGCUAUAGUGUAAUUCAAUAAACUAAAUACUUAAUGAAGCUUA